AUGGCUGGCAAGAAGUGCGUCGUGCUAUCCGCGUACGACAAUGGUAACCGCCAGCGGUCGUUCGGACAUGCGCUCGUGGUAGGCAUUGAGCAGCCCCCGAAAAAGAUCACCAAGAAGAUGAACGCGGCACAGGUUGAAAGGCGCACGGAAAUCCGCGUCUUCCUCAAGCACAUCAACUACUCUCAUCUCAUGCCCACGCGCUACGUCGUGGCCGGUGAGGUCGACGCUAAGACGCUCAUCGGCGACAAGAAGAUCGAAACGCGCGCUGAGAAGGCCGCCGUCCGCCGUGAAAUCGCUAAGGCGCUCAAGGCCAAGUUCUGCUCGCCCGCCGAGGCCGCCAAGGCCACCAGAGACCUCGUCUUCCUCCGCAAGCCCCUCAACUUCUAA